AUGGUUUCUGCCAAGAAGGUACCCGCGAUCGCUACGUCCUCCCGGGUCAGUUUCGCCCUCCUGCACUUCCUGUGCCUGGCGGCUUGUUUAAACGAAUCCCCAGGACAGAACCAAAAAGAGGAGAAAUUAUGCCCGGAAAAUUUUACCCGCAUCCUGGACAGCUUACUCGAUGGUUAUGACAACAGGCUGCGUCCUGGAUUUGGGGGUCCAGUUACAGAAGUAAAAACUGACAUAUAUGUCACCAGCUUUGGACCUGUCUCUGAUGUUGAAAUGGAAUACACAAUGGAUGUGUUCUUCAGACAGACAUGGAUUGACAAAAGACUAAAAUAUGAUGGCCCCAUUGAAAUUUUGAGACUGAACAAUAUGAUGGUAACAAAAGUAUGGACCCCUGAUACUUUCUUCAGGAAUGGAAAGAAAUCUGUUUCACAUAAUAUGACAGCUCCAAAUAAACUUUUUAGAAUUAUGAGAAAUGGCACUAUUUUAUACACAAUGAGACUCACUAUAAGUGCAGAGUGUCCCAUGAGAUUGGUGGAUUUCCCCAUGGAUGGUCAUGCAUGCCCUUUGAAAUUUGGAAGUUAUGCAUAUCCGAAGAGUGAGAUGAUUUAUACCUGGACAAAAGGUCCUGAGAAAUCAGUGGAAGUUCCAAAGGAGUCUUCCAGCUUAGUCCAAUAUGACUUGGUGGGGCAAACUGUAUCAAGUGAAACUAUCAAGUCCAUUACGGGUGAAUAUAUUGUUAUGACAGUUUAUUUCCACCUCAGACGGAAGAUGGGUUACUUUAUGAUUCAGACAUACAUUCCAUGUAUUAUGACAGUGAUUCUUUCUCAAGUUUCGUUCUGGAUAAACAAGGAAUCAGUUCCAGCUAGGACUGUAUUUGGAAUAACCACAGUCCUCACCAUGACCACACUGAGCAUCAGCGCGCGGCAUUCUUUGCCCAAGGUGUCCUAUGCUACUGCCAUGGAUUGGUUCAUAGCUGUCUGCUUUGCUUUCGUAUUUUCUGCCCUUAUUGAGUUUGCUGCUGUCAAUUAUUUUACCAAUAUUCAAAUGGAAAAAGCCAAAAGGAAGUCCUCAAAAGCCCUCCAGGAAAUACCAGUGGCUCCCGUGCAGAGAGAAAAGCCUCCCGAAGCACCUCUGCAGAACACAAAUGCCAGUCUGAACAUGAGGAAAAGAUCAAAUGCCUCGGUUCACUCUGAAUCUGAUGUUGGCAACAGAACUGAGGUGGGAAACCAUUCGAGCAAAUCUUCCACAGUUCUUCAAGGAUCUUCUGAAGCCACAUCGAAGUCUUACUUAGCUUCCAGUCCGAACCCAUUCAGCCAUGCAAAUGCAGCGGAAACGAUAUCUGCUGCAAGGGCACCUCUAUCUGCUCCUCCUUCUACUCCUCGUAGAACUGGGUAUGUGUCCCAACAGGCUUCCGUUGGAUCUGCUUCUACUCACCGUGUGUUCGGAUCGAGACUGGAGCGAAUUAAGACCACCGUUAAUACCAUAGGGGCUCCUGGGAAGUUGGCAGCCACCACUCCUCCCUCUGCUCCACCACCGCCUGGAUCUGGCACAAGCAAAAUAGACAAAUAUGCCCGCAUUCUCUUUCCAGUAACAUUUGGGGCAUUUAACAUGGUCUAUUGGGUUGUUUAUUUAUCUAAGGACACUAUGGAGAAAUCAGAAAGUCUAAUGUAA